UUUUCACACUAACAAGAAGAAAGUUUAUACAUAACUUGAUACCACAGUUGCAUGCUAUUUCAACUUCUUUUUCUAAUUCAAAUUAUAUCCAUAAACUCUUCAGGCUUUAAUCUCUACUAGCUUAAGGAUCAAACAUGAGUUUUCACUAUCAGUUUCCUGAUUCUCCUCCUUCUUUUUACACUUCAUCUGACGAUUUUAAUAGACAAGCUCAAACAACUUUUGACAGAUUCGGUGACACCGUUGAUUCUUCUAUGAAAUGGGCUGUAGCAGAAUCUAUAGUAUAUGGAAUAGUGGUAAUAAUAGCUGUUAUCGCAAUAGUGUAUGCUAUUAUAGAGUGCUUGAAGAAAGCAGGAACAGCAAUUCCCGCUUACACUCAGAUUUCAACAACAGAAAAAGAUAAUCAAGUAUUUUCAAACUCUUCAUUCCCUUCAACCAGCGAAAUCGAAGUUAUUAUAGCACAAGAUUCAGAAGCUGAAUUUCCAACCAUGGAGAGAUUCUUAAGCAACAUCAAUAGAGAAAAACCAAUCAGAUUCACACCCGAGAAGCUCGAGGAGAUCACAAAAAGCUACUCAACCAUAUUAGGUUCUGGUGCUUUCGGUGUUGUCUUCAAAGGAGAGUUAUCGAAUGGAGAAAAUGUUGCUGUCAAAGUUCUCAACUGUUUGGACAUGGGAAUGGAAGAGCAAUUCAAAGCCGAAGUUAGCACGAUCGGAAGAACUUACCAUAUCAAUUUAGUCAAGCUUUAUGGAUUUUGUUUUCACCAUGACACCAAGGCCCUUGUUUACGAGUGCGUUGAGAAUGGUUCGCUAGAUAAGUACUUGUUUGGAAGCACGAACCGCGACGUUGAGUUACAAAAGCUUCGUGAGAUUGCUAUUGGAACGGCUAAAGGAAUCGCGUAUUUACACGAGGAAUGUCAGCAUAGGAUAAUACAUUAUGAUAUCAAACCAGAAAAUGUUCUUCUUGACAUGAAAUUAGUACCGAAGAUAGCGGAUUUUGGAUUGGCGAAGUUAAGAAAUAGAGAAAGUAACAACACUGUAAUAAUAAAUACUCACUUUAGAGGAACAAGAGGUUACGCUGCACCGGAGUUAUGGAAGGCUUAUCCGGUGACAUACAAGUGCGAUGUUUAUAGUUUUGGUAUUCUGCUGUUUGAAAUUGUAGGGAGAAGAAGGCAUUUUGAUUCUAGCUAUAGUGAAUCGCAACAAUGGUUUCCGAAAUGGACGUGGGAAAUGUUUGAGAACAAUGAAUUGGUUGUUAUGCUCGCGCUUUGUGGAAUUGAAGAGAAGGAUAAUGAGAUUGCUGAGAGAAUGUUAAAGGUUGCUCUAUGGUGUGUUCAGUAUUCACCAAAUGAUAGGCCUCUGAUGAGUACUGUGGUGAAGAUGUUAGAGGGUGAAAUCGAAAUUUCACCACCUCCAUUUCCCUUCCAUAAUCUUGUUCCUGAUAAGCAAAAUUUGACAUCAGAGGGAAGUGAUGCGGAUUCGGAUACUACUGCGUCGUCGUGGAAUACUGAAUCUAUUAGAGAAUGUUUUGGAACCAAACACAAUAGGUUUGAGAUUGAAAAAGCUACAUAGUGCAAGUUUGAAAUCAACCUGUUAUUUAUGGUGGAACACUAGACAAACUCACCACAAACACAAACUUGCACUUAAAUGUAUCAUAGCAGUACAGAGAAAAAAACUUGUGCUAUGAAACUCUCCUAUUUAAGGGUGGUUUUGAUACUUCAACAUGCUAUUUUUGGCAAUUCUACCAUGUAUUCCAUGUUUGAGUUUUUGUUUCAAAUUUGUAUACAAUAGUUGUAUUUGUUUGUAUGAAUGUAUAUUGACUUUGUUUAUUA